AUGGUGCCAAAUAUCUGCGGCAUUAUUGUUGCCUUUAUAACCUUAACACUGGCUCACCCUGGGCAUCCCAGCUUCCCAACGCGUCCAUCCAUCCACCCAGAUCCUCUUCAACCAUACAAGGCACUCCCACUGCACUCACGGCGCAACCCACACAAAGUAUGCCACGUCAAACCGGGUCGCAAAGGAAGCGAUGACGCGGACAGAAUCCGAAAUGCACUGCACAAGUGCAGCAACGGAGGAACGGUUGUCCUGGACAAAGACUACACCAUCUGCAGUCCGCUCGACCUACGCUUCUUGAAGCAUGUCGAUAUCGCAUUGACAGGUAAAGUGGAGUUCUGUCCCGAGGUGGACUUUUGGCAACAGAACUUGUUCGAGUUCCACUUCCAGAAUGCGUCUUCAUGGUGGGUUUGGGGAGGAGAGGACGUCCACCUCUACGGAGCUGGCACUGGUGUGAUCCAUGGGAAUGGACAGGCUUGGUAUGAUGCCUUCGCUGCUGACUCUAGCAUAAGGCGCCCGCUUCUGUUCAUAGCUGAUGGGUGGCAUGGGGGAUCCAUCACGGGUCUGAAGAUGCGACAUUCGCCAAAUUGGCACAACUUAAUUGCCAACAGCUCCGACAUCCUAAUCUCCGACAUGGAUCUGUUCUCUCGGUCAUUCUCUGAAAACGCCGCGGGCAAUCUCGACGGCUGGGAUACAUUCCGGUCCGACAAUAUCGUUAUCCAGAAUUCAGUGAUAGACCACGACGACGACUGCGUCUCGUUCAAGCCAAACAGCACCAACAUCAUCGUCCAGGGUCUGCAUUGCAAUGGAUCCCACGGUAUCUCUGUCGGGUCUCUCGGAAACUACCCGUACCAAUAUGACAUCGUCUCGGACCUGUACAUCUACAACAACACCAUGGCGAACACGACAACUGCAGCCCGGCUUAAAGUAUGGCCUGGAGAAGACGCCAUUAAAACAGGGGACCCUCCAUGGGUCGGAGGUGGUGGAAAGGGCUACGUGCGCAAUGUUACCUACGACACCAUGAUCAACGAUAACAACAACCUCGCUAUCCAGAUCGAUCAGUGCUACGGAGCUAUCAAUGCCAGCGAAUGCUUGGACCACCCGUCUGGCGUGAUACUGACGGACGUCGUUUUUAAGAAUAUAUGGGGCACAGCUAAUGGUGCCGACGACCCUGUUGCUGGGCAGCUUAUAUGUGGUUCUGAAGAUUCUUGCGAUAAUAUUCGGGCCGAGAAUGUCACCCUGAAGAAUCCCAGUGGACAGCCUCCGCAGUGGAAGUGUAGGUACAUGGAUGAAGAGCUGUUGGAUCUUGGUGGAGUUGGAUGUAUCCCAGCGUGA